GAAACAUUUCGCCAGUUGGACCCAGCAAAUCUCGGUGUCUUUGCCUCCUCUCUCUCUCUCUCUCGCGCAUUUCAUCAAUCACUCGGCGCGCAUCCAGUUCGAAUCGAGCGGAAGUUGGUGUAAACAGAAGCGUCAUCUCCGGAAAUGCAGACGGGGGUCCCACUAAAUGAAGCACGCAAUCUUCAAGUUCGGAAACUAGAGAUCUCUGACAAAAACAAAGGGUUUGUAGAGCUACUACAGCAACUGACAGUUUGCGAUGCGAUCUCUGAUAAGGAUUUUGAAAUACGGUUCCAAGAGCUCAGCUCUCUGGGCGAUGACCAUGUGAUUUGUGUGAUCGAGGAUACUAGUCUCGGAAAGAUCAUCGCCACUGGAAGUGUGUUCAUCGAGAAGAAGUUCAUAAGGAACUGUGGCAAGGUUGGGCAUAUCGAAGACGUGGUCGUUGAUCGUGAUUCUAGGGGGAUGCAGUUAGGGAAGAAGGUUCUUUCUUUUCUUGCUGAUCAUGCCCGAUCUGUGGGUUGCUAUAAGGCGAUUCUUGACUGCAUCAAUGAGAAUAAAGCAUUCUAUGAGAAGUGUGGCUUCAAGCAGAAGGAAAUUCAGAUGGUUAAGUAUUUCAUCUAAGAAGUUACCCAAGAUUCGAUUGAGUAAGUUGAACAGACUACUGUAUUCUGAUGAUUCAACAGCAAAACUUGCAUUUUUUUACUGUUAAUUUGCAUACUUCGG